ACCAUUGAUGACUAUAAAGAUUCUGGUAGCGCAUAUGGAACCAAAGCAGAUCCGGGAUGUCAUUUGCCACUAUGCAGAGUAAGGGACUCUCAUCGAGUUUGCUGCUUUGCUUGCAUCGUUGGCUCGGGCUCGGCUUCACGCUUUCGAUCCAUUCACUUGUGAUUUUGAAGUUGAAAGUUCCGGUAGAAUGGAGACACUGAGCAGCCGCAUUGCAACUAAGAUCAUGUCACUAAUUGAUGAGGAGCAAAAAAGCAAUGAUCCAUAAAAAGAUAAAAUUGGCUGACAUUUGCAAGGAAAAGCAGAGGUUGAUGAUAUAUAGGAUAAUGUUGCUUGAAAUCUAUGAGAGAAUUGGUGAUGUUAUAGGAGACUGUUUGAACACUACUCACCUCAGAAUUCCGGGCCUGGAUUUAAGGGAUGAAAUGGGAGCAAAAAUUGCAUACAAAAUCAAGAAAGAGGGCUUUCCUUUGACAGACGAACAUUUGCAAGUCUUCAAACGUCCAAAAUGGCAAUUUGAGGAGUAUGAGGCUCAAGACAAGUUAAACGCUGCGCGGCAAGGAUAUAAUUGGGAAAAGAGGGAUCCUGCCUUCCAUUUUUCUUGCAACUCGACAAUCCUCUAAUAACAAAGGUAAGAGAAACGACUAUUUUAUAUAUUUAUUUAUUAUUAUUAUUAUUUUUUUUUAGCAAAGUGUUAGUUUGAUUUCUUCUAUACGAAAUUAUUCACAUACAUUACUUGUAAGAAAUAAGCGUGACUUAUAUUUAAUUAAAGUUAUUGAAUAGAUAAA